AUGAACCCCUCCUGGCGCGCCGCGGACAGUGGGGYUGCCGCCAGGCGGCUGCUCCUCGGGGCUGCGACGGCAGCAAAGGGGCUUCGGGAAGAUCUGAGGGGCGCGGCCGCUGGGGCUUGGAAGGGCCUGUCCCGGACCCCGAAGCAGGAAGAGCCUCGAGAGGAGGAGGUGGAGGCUGCAGGACACGAGUUCUUACUGCCAAAAGAGAGAAGCUUUCAGAAUGCUGCUAAAAGCAAUAAUUUGGAUCUUAUGGAAAAGCUGUUUGAAAAGAAGGUUAACAUUAAUGCUGUGAACAAUAUGAACCGCACAGCCUUGCAUUUUGCAGUGGGGGGAAAUCAUUUAUCUGCGGUGGAUUUCUUACUGAAUCACAAGGCCAGGGUUGACAUCGCUGAUAAGCACGGCUUGACUGUAAUUCACCUUGCGGCCUGGACUGGAAGCUUUGAGAUCAUGAUCAUGCUGGUUAGAGCUGGAGCAGACCAGAGAGCCAAGAACCAGGAUGGAAUGAAUGCCCUUCACUUUGCAGCUCAGAGUAAUAAUGUGCACAUUGUGGAGUACCUUAUUCAAGACCUGCACCUAAAGGACCUGAACCAGCCGGACGAGAGAGGAAGGAAACCAUUUCUUUUGGCAGCUGAGAGGGGCCACGUUGAAAUGAUAGAAAAACUCAUCUUUCUCAAUCUGCAUACUUUGGAAAAGGACAAGGAAGGAAACACGGCCUUGCACCUGGCUGCAAUGCAUGGCCACAGUCCUGCAGUGCAGGUGCUGCUAACUCAGUGGCAGGAAGUCAAUGGGACCAAUGAGCUCAAUGUCAGUGUUUUGCAGACUGCAACCCGGAAUGGCCACACAUCCCUUGUCAACUUUCUUCUCAGUGAGAACAUCGAUCUUCACCAGAGGAUGGAACCUAAGGAAUCCCCUCUUCAUUUAGCAGUUAUCAACAACCAUGUCACAGUGGUAAACAGCUUAUUAAGUGCACAGCAUGAUAUUGACAUCUUAAAUCAGAGACAGCAAACCCCUCUGCAUGUAGCAGCUGAUCUUGGAAAUGUGGAACUGGUGGAAACCCUGCUGAAGGCUGGCUGUGACUUAAAGGUUGUUGAUAAGCAAGGAAAGACUGCGCUGGCUGUGGCAUCUCGGAGCAACCACAGCCUUGUUGUGGACAUGCUUAUUAAAGCAGAGAGAUACUAUGUCUGGAGAGAGGAGCAUCCUGAGAGCAUCAGGGAGACACGAGCAGGCUUUACUCUGACAUUCAAGCAAGACCACAGUCUGGAGACAAGGCACAUUCGCACACUCCUCUGGAACCUGGCUUACCGUCAGCUGAAAACCAAUGAGUGGCAGAGGCUAGCUCACUUCUGGAACUUUACAGAUGACCAGAUCAGAGCCAUAGAGGAACAGUGGUCAGGAAACGAAAGCUUCCGUGAGCAUGGCCACAGGGCUCUGCUCAUCUGGUUGCAUGGGGUCCUGAUGACACAGCUCGAUCCUGCCAAGCACCUGUAUGAAGAGCUGGUACGUGCCGGUUUCCCAGAACUAGCUGAAAAGAUUCGUCAAUUCAAAAGCAAAACUGACUCAAGCUCCAAGAAGUGUACAGUUUCAUAA